CUCGUGUACUCCCGCGAUACUUCGAGGGGGCCUUCGUUCGGCUAUUGUCGAUUUGAUCUGCGUAUUUAGGUCGGACGUUUCCUAACUUAAGUUGAAAGUUGUAAUUAUGGCUGAUGUUGUGCAGGAGUCUGAAGAUAAGCAGGAGGUGUUGGAUACGGUUGCUGAACAGGAAAAUGAAUCGCACGAAAAUGAAAACGGCGUGAAAGCCGAUGCUGAUGAAGUCCCAAAGCAGAAGUCGGAUCAGAAAGAAAAAACUGGCCACAGGAAAUCGAAUCGGUUUCACCCUUAUUCCAAGGAAAAGCAGGCCGGCUCUGGGGACAAGAAGGGUGUCAACAGAAACCGGGUGUUCAUUAGCAACAUCCCCUAUGAUAUGAAGUGGCAGGCAAUCAAAGAUCUAAUGAGAGAGAAAGUUGGUGAGGUUACAUACGUGGAGCUCUUUAAGGAUGCUGAAGGGAAAUCAAGGGGCUGCGGUGUUGUUGAGUUCAAAGAUGAAGAAUUUGUGAAGAAAGCAUUGGAUGUCAUGAACCGGUAUGACCUGAGUGGCAGACCUCUGAACAUCAAGGAGGAUCCCGACGGCGAGCACGCUCGCAGGGUGCUCCAGCGUGGUGCUGGGAUGUACUCGGGGGGGCGUGGCCCUGAGGGAGGUCCUUAUGGGAUGAACCUGCCCCCAUCCAUUGCCAACAAUCCCAACAUCCCUCCUGAGGUCAUACACUCUCUCCAGGCUGGCCGGUUGGGCUCCACCGUGUUUGUCGCCAAUCUUGACUUCAAAGUUGGCUGGAAGAAGCUGAAGGAGGUUUUCAGUAUGGCGGGGGUAGUCAAGAGGGCCGACAUAAAAGAAGACAAAGACGGGAAGAGUCGCGGGAUGGGGACUGUCACCUUCGACCAGCCGUUUGAGGCCGUGCAGGCCAUCUCGAUGUUCAACGGUCAGAUGCUGUUUGACAGGCCUAUGCACGUGAAGAUGGAUGACAAGUCUCUUCCUCCUGACGAUUUCCGUGGCAUGGAGAAGUCUCCGCAGCUUCCUCGGGGUCUCGGCGGGAUCGGCAUGGGGCUGGGCCCUGGGGGGCAGCCGCUCAGCGCCAGUCGAAUAGGCGGCGGCGGCGCCGGCGGCGGCAGCAGCGGGAUGGAUGGACCUGGAUACGGAGGAAUGAGCCGAAUGUCAGGGAUGGGAGGCACUGGAUCCUUUAACAGUAUGGAUGGCAUGGGCAGCUAUGGGGGCAGAGACAUGACCCCCAUGAGCAGAAUGGGAGACAUGUAUCCUUCAGCGAUGGGGGGCAUGAACCGCGACUUUGGCCGGAACGACAUGUCGAUGAGCCGGGGUAUGGGUGGCGGGAUGGGGGCCUACGGCAGUGGCAUGGCCAGUGCAGGCGGUGGGCCCAUGGGCUCCGGAUUAGGUGGUGGCAUGGACCGCAUGGGCUCCAGCUUUGACCGGGUCGGCAUGGACAUGAACCGUGGCUACGGCGGCUAUGGCACUGGCACCACCCACAUGGGUGCCGUGAUGUCAGACAGAGGCUCUGGGUCCAAGGCGGGUUGCCAGAUAUUUGUACGGAAUCUUUCCUAUGAUGUUACGUGGCAGCAGUUGAAGGAAAAAUUCAGGCAUUGUGGUCAGGUGAUGUUUGCUGAAAUAAAGAUGGAAAAUGGAAGGUCUAAGGGCUGUGGCACGGUUCGCUUUGAUUCCCCGGAGAGCGCGGAGCAGGCCUGCCGCCUGAUGAACGGCACCAAGAUCAACGGCAGGGAGGUGGACGUCCGCAUCGACCGAAAUGCCUGAAGCCCUCAGCGCCGGCCACAUCCUCACAGUCCUUCCACUUUUGGUUUUGUUUUAAAAACGCAUUGCCUCAGUCUUUGGUGUUGUAACAAUAUUAGUUAUAGUUGACAGUCCCUCUGCCUGAAUGAGUCAUGGGUGAGUUUAUAUAAUUACAUUUUUUUUUUUUUUAAAUACUUUUAAAUUUGUGGGCCACCAGUUUAUUUGAAUAAAUAAACUUUUUUUAAUUUUUA